AUGGCCACUACGACCGAAAAUACAUCAAUAAGUGUUGGACAAGAAGAAGAAAUAAACUCGUUACGUGAUUAUUUUAAAGAUAAUAUUCGUAUUCUAUCAUCAAUUGGACAAUUUUCCUAUAUAUUAAAAAUUCGAGCUGAUCAGUAUGAUGUUUCAUUAACAUUACAAUUAGAUAAAUCUUAUCCAACAAAAGCACCUGAAAUAAUGAUUACAGCACCUCGUCUUACACCUGAUCAAAUUUUACUCGUACAACAAUUACUUCAAUCCUAUAGUGAGACGUUACUUAAUCAAGCAAUGAUUUUAUCUAUUUAUUCUCGUCUUCUCAAAUGGUUUGAUGAAAAUAAUAUUCAAACAUUAACUGUUAAUACGAAUAAUAAUAAUAAUAAUAGCAGUAAUAAUAAUAAUAAUAAUAAUAAUAAUAAUAAUACCAUUAAUAAUAAUGCAUCUGUUUCUCCUAUUCCACGCUCACCAACAAAUGGUAAAUUUGUUUCACCAUUUGUAUCUACUACCAAUCAUAAUAAAACUCUUCAGACAGAUGAACAUGAACAUGAACAUAUAAAAAAAUGUUCAAUGAAAACAGCUGAAGAUGUUCUAUCACGUAUUGAAUGCGAUAAUCGUCUUGAUAAACGUUAUAUUCGAGUUGGUUAUAUUGAUCAUUGUCAUGGUUUACAAGAGAAACCAUUUAAUGAUUUUGAUUUAUUAACAAUUAACGAUCGAAAUACAAAUCUACUUUCUCCAUCGAAAUAUCGCAUACAAUAUUUUAAAUAUAAUAAUGAAAUUAUAUGGGAUAAAGAAUCUAAAAUUGAUUUAAUAUUUGGUUCAACUAGUAAUCAACAAACAAUCAAUGAUCUUAUUAAACGACAUGAAAAUCUCAUUGAAACAAAAAAUUCUCAAGAUGAAAAACCUAUGGAUAUUGAUCCAAUUCUAUCAACAAAACGCUAUCUAACUUUAACUGAUAGUUUAUAUAAACCAAAUUAUCUAUUAUCAAUACCAAUAACCGAUCCAUCACUUAUAUCUCAUUAUAUUACAUAUCGCGAACAUCUUCUUUCAUUAUAUCCUUCACUUUCUUCAUCAUCUUCACAUAUUUUAUCGAUUGAUCCUCAUUAUCUUUAUUUAACUCUAUUGACAUUACGUCUUGAAUCAUCCUUACAAAUUGAACAAUGUAUUCUAGCGUUAAAACGUAUUCAAGAAGAAAUACAUUAUCAUUGUUCAUAUCCUGAACGUAUCUAUUUAGAAUUUAAUGGUAUUGAUACAUUUCAUAAUAAAACAUUAUUCAUAAAAUGUCAACAAAAUACACGUUUAGAAAAUCUACGUACAUUAAUUAUUGAACGUCUUUGUGAACAACAACAAAAACAGAAAAUGAAUGAAAUAUUUUUUGCUGGAAAUUAUCAAGAAUUUAUUCCACAUAUAACAUUACUUAAAAGUAAAAGAAAAUCUUCAUCAAUAUAUUCAAAUGAAACGAAUGAAAUAUAUUUUGGUAAACAAUUAAUUGAUGCAUUACAAUUAUCAUCAAUUAAUACAAAUGAGAAUGAACAACAAAAGAAUCAUUGUAUAUUUAAACUCGAUUUAAGUUAA